CAUUAAUAGUAACGUAUGCAAAAUAUGUAACCGGCAGAUCGAGAGUGCGCGAGUGUUAAUACGUGACUAUAUUAUGUAAUAAAGAUUUUCUUCUACGUUUUUUUUUUUUAGACAGGGUUUUAAAUAAUGCUCUUAAGCAAAUAAUGCUGGCGCGUUAAGCUUUUUACGCCCAUCCCAAAAGCGGCGAAUUUAAAGUGAAUGUGGAUUACAAUUAUUAUGUCAUGUGUCGAAGCCGUGCAGGAACUGCUAAUCAUUCUGAUUAAGCGAGAGAGAAUUCAAAACAAACGUCGGUACUUGAAACAAGCGGUUACAUAACAGACGCAAAAAUUCUGAUAUUUCUUUGAUUUAUUUUGUUAUUAGAAUAAAUUUAUAAUAUUCAAGGCUGUAAAAAAUCAGUACGAUUACUCCUCACAGAGAAAUCAGUGUAUUAUUCACUAAAAAAACUAUGAUUAGUUUGGUUACAGUGCUACAACUAUAUCAAUCAGUGAUAUAUACAUUAUCUUUCAGCGAUAAUAUAUUGAUCGUGAGAGUACUCCCUUCUUAAUCGGAAUCACUAGAAAACAGCGAAUAGUCUGAUAAUCGCAAUUAAAAGUAUAGCAUCAUAAAUCAGUGACUAGUUCAGAUUUGGGGAUCACUCGUUUACGUAAUGCGAAGGCCAACGAUACGCUUGUCUAAUCAGGAUAUCGAUAUCGGGCAGACCAGAAAAUAAAAUUACGGAUAGAAUUAUAUAUGUUGGAUGAUAAGAAUUCGCGAACAUCUAGCGCGUGUGUACGAAUGGUGAACGCAGAUGUGAUUUUAAUAUGAAACACGUUUCAAACCUUCCUCAUCUGAGAACGUGACCGGCAUGCUGACCGUUAAAAUUCAAUCUCCCAUUUACUUGCGCUGCUUCGAUCGGUUUUAAGUGAAAAAAAGAGUCGACGAGCUUCCUUGUUUUAGGAAUUGUUUUGCGCGACGAACUCUCACGUUGUACACGAGAAACAUCUACUCUGAAGAGCCUUAUAAUGCCAAUUAAAUAUUCCACCGCACAUGAUUUAACAUUUGUAACACGUAGCCGUGAGUUUCCUAAUGAACUUCACUUAUGCUAACAGCUCGAAAUUCUUAAAACUUAUUGGAAUUACGGUAUAUCAAUUCUUCCCGCGUAAAAUUGCAUUUACAGUCUCGAGUUUUACAAGGAAAAUCGACGUAUUGUCCAUCAAUAUUGACGAUGCUGAAUUUACUUCCGAAUUUUCAGCUCUACGUGCUAUUAAACUGUGUGCGCAGCUGCUGAGAUCGUGUCUGGCAUGCAAGUCCCCGUUGCAAUUUGAAUUAAUUCGCAACACCUGCCUAUUGUUAUGGUCACGAUUGUGUCAUCUCGAACGCGCAGUCAUCACAAUGGUGAUGCAAUAAUUAAGGCGAUCAAUAAAGGUAGAAAAGACAAGUGAUCACGAAAAAGCACUGACAAGUUUUAUCUUCAUUUCUGUUUAAUGAUAUAUGAAGAGUAGUCACGUGUAUUAAUUUUUAGAGAGCAAAGGAUCUACUUUUAAAAUCUCAGCUUUUCUCUGAGUCUCAUAGAAUGAAAAUUGCCCUUGUGCAAUUUUCGAUUUGCCUCUAUAGAGUCAAAAUUUAUUCCCAUAGGAAUUUUAGGAAGGAGUGAUUUUUCACUAUUUUGAAGUUUCUAAGUUAUUUAGAGAGUAAGAUUUAUUUCAUUGUAUUUCUUGCUCCAAAAUAUGACGCUAUUUUAUAGCGCCUCUAAAGGGACUUCCUGUAAAACUUAAUUAUCUUCAGGGAGAUCUUAUGCAAUUUUUUGCUUGUCACUUGACGAGAAAUAAUAAACUGUUUCCAGCGAGAAAAUAUAGAGAAAAUAUGCAUCAGAUUUACAUUUACAGUGUAGACAGAUUUGAAAACAACGUUCUAUUAUUUUGCUUUGAUUAUAAUUUUAGAAAUUCUAAGUCGAGCUACUUGAGUAAAGUUGUAAAGACAUAUUUCACCGAACGUUGAAAUAAUGUCGCGUGUAAUUUUCACUAAAAUCUCCAAAUCAGGUUGAAAAACCCGAUGAUAGAGGAAAGUGUGAGAAAUCUAGAGCAAAAUUAGAUAACACUAUAAAUCCAGAAGCAAACGUUCAUCAAUGUGGCUUUCGUGGGAUGAGAACUUGGAAAAUCCUAACAGAACAGCUUCCGCGUUAACGAUACAUUUGCAUACGCGUGGAAGUGUGAUUAAGCCUAUUAGCGGAAAAUAAUCAGCACAAACACGACAUUAUUAAUGACUGAUUAUCACAUAAUAAUAUGCAGAGAGAGAAAAGACGCGCGUUGCCUCAAGUUUUCCCCAUCUUUUUUUAUCCGUCUCAUUCAAUUUCCUCGUAGAUUGCGAAUUCCUUCCAGCGACCUAUUCACUGUUGUUAAAUCGGUCAAUUUAAUGUCGAGGAGAAUUAUAAUAACAGAUUUUUGUUCUCGGCUUAUUACUUACUUUGGUAUGUAUAAUAAAACAAAAAAGAGAAUUCCACUGGCAUGGCAAUUAAUGAAAAUACGUUGAAUUGAUGAAUCCUGGAAUAUAGGGAUAUAGGUCACGGAUAUUCAGAAUGAUCUUUGACGCUCAAAAUUUUUCCAAUACUUUCAAUAUUGAUGAGAUAUGAUAUAUCGUGGAUAAGAUAUAAUAAAAACCUGAAUAAUGUUCCUAACAUUAAUUAUACGUGAUAACAUUUAUAAAACUAUUUAUAAAUGUACUACUCCUCGAUACAUACGAUACAUACGAUACGUACUGAAUAUUCACGUUUUGUUUAUUACUUAUUCAUCCUUUCUCUUCUCAUUAGAUAAUACAUUUUUAUUUGUAAUAGCAAUAUAUUUAUACUUUAAAAAGAUGUUUAGACGUUAAGAUAGCAAAACAUUAACAAAAAUACAGUACUGUACUUUUAAUAUUAAAUAGUAAAAUUGAGGUAAAUAGAGAUCUUUAUUCGUAAUAAUUUCCAAAAAUAAAUUUGUGCUACCAGAAAUAAAACAUCGCGUAACGUUGGCUCACGUCCGUAAGUGUGUCGUCGCAGUCACGAAGUCACUUGAGCAAUUAUACAGGGCAUCGAGUUAAUUAUAUGUCUCAAUACGGACGAGCCAUAAAAAGUCUUGGAUGACUAUUAUCUUUCAACGUUCACGAUAUUCGCGUUGUAUUAAAAAAAAACGUAAAAAGCCAGUGUUAUCGUUUGAUAAACAGCGCAACCUUAAGAGAAUUGCGCGUGCAGGCAGCGUGACAUUAACAAAGUUGCAGUUGUUAAUCCUAAAAAAGUUUACGCACUUUAGGAAUAAUUUAUUCACGGACCGCAAACCCGCUGACAUCGUUUCUGCAACAUUUAUCUUAACACUCAAAGUUUCCCGUGUCACGAGUGCACUAUAAAUAGAUUGCAUGUUCUUCGGCCACGAUUAAACCAACAAGAACGGUUCAAUUGAAUUUCUAUCUAUGCACUUGUAUCCAUCUAAGUGCAAAAUAACGAUGUGCACGUUCUGCUUUCUGAGCUCACACUGAUCGAGCGCCACUUAAUAAAAAUCACUUGAUAAAAAUGUUACUUGAUAAAAAUCAAGCCGUUAUGAUUUGCCGUUUGUCCGAUAAAAUACUGUUGCAUUUUGAAGUACAGUUUGUGCGUUAUAAACGAUAAAAAGCGAUUAGUUUAUCUGCGAAUUGAAUUUACAUGAACGAGUCAUAGUCGGAGCGAGGAGCCUAUCAACAGUUCUCUCCCUACUACGAUAUAAAACAGCGACGCUUCAUAACAUAAUGACAGUUAAUACUAGAACAUUUACGCGAGCGAACGUUAGGAAGUAAAAAUUACAUGAACGGUCUCAUAGAAGAGAUAAAACGCAAAGUAGACCGAGUGACAAUAAGGGAAUCAUUUUUUUUCACGGAGAUUGGUGAUACGAAGAUAUCUACGCGUGCAAUAACGUUAAAGCUUUAUAAAGCUGUUAAAAAUCUCAAGAUAUAUGAUAUUGGCGACUAAACAACAACCAAUCUACAUAAAAGAAGACUUAACCCCAGUUUCCCAGAAGUUCCACGUAGAAAAUACAAUGAAAACGCAGACAUCACUCGAUUUGCUUCCUGUUAAAAAUCUGGACGCGUUGUUAAUGCAAACAUACGGUCCCGAUUUUCGAAUACACGAUGUGGAAUGGAAACAUCUAACAGACCCAGGAGAAAACUUCGGUAGCAUAAUAUUAGCCGUCAAUAUCAGCGCGGAACAGAAUGACAGGAAGAGAACUUUAAACGUAGUUGUCAAACUACCGCCGAAAUCGACGUACUUGCUAGAUUUGUUCGACAGUCCGUUAACAUUCAAGAAGGAAUUGGAAUUUUAUACCAUAGUGGCACCAGAAUUUUUGAAACUCCAAAACGAAAGCGGAAUUUCCCGGGAAGCUUUGAGCGCUAUCGUGCCGCAAUUUUUAGGCGGCAGAUUAGGUUUGCAAGACCCGCAGCGUUUCGACGAGCAGGCAGCUAUCGUCUUGGAAAAUCUAAAAAGUCACAAUUAUAUAACACAAGACCGCAUUGUAGGUCUGGACAAAAUGCACAUGGAUUUUGCGAUAAGCCAUUUAGCUAAGCUGCACGCCAUAACGAUCGGCUUGAAGUUCAAGAAACCCGAGUUCUUCAAGAAAACGGUGCUACCCAUUCUAGAAUUUAACAUGAACAAUGCCGCGGAGAGAGGAACCCAGGAUAUGAUACAAAAGGCGCAUAACGAUUACAAGCACAUGAAAGAAGCGGAAACUUAUCUAGAUAGAAUCCAGAAAACAAUCGAAUUCGCACACAACAACGUGACACCGGAAGAACCGUGGGCGACACUGGUGCAUCAUGAUUUCUGGGUAAAUAAUAUGAUGUUCAAAUACGACGAGUCGGGCAAGCCAAUCAAUAUGAAAAUUGUGGACUUCCAACUGACGGUCUACAACUACGGUGUCGACGAUCUCGUAUUUUUCCUCAUAUCCAGUUCCCGGAAGGAUGUACUCGACAAUCAUCUCGACGACAUGAUUGACUUCUAUUACGACUCUUUCAUCGAGAGUUUAAAAUCGCUAAGUGUAGAUACAAACGCGUUUCCCAAGAGCCAAUUUAUGGAGCAAUUGAAUCAAUAUGCACCCAUCAAAUUUAGCCAGUGCAUCAUGAUGGUGCAAGUGAUACAAGCGGCGCGUGGCUCCGUUUCACAGACGGAGUCCGAAACGGCGGAUAACUGCGUUUUCGCAGGCGGGCUAGACGAUGAUAAUUAUAAACAAAAACUGUUGCACGUUUUACAUACAUUCGAUCGGAAGGGAUGGCUCGUGAAUUGAUUAAACGCGAAAUUUUAUCCGUAACAAAUCAAUUUGUAGGGAAAAAAUUUCUCUUAUUUUUUAAUAUAAAAAUAAAUUAAAAGAAAGAAAAUAUAUUGAUAAGUACAAAUAGGAUUCAUAGAAUCAUGUUAAAAUUGUAUAUAAACAUAUGACAAAAAUUUUUAGACAAUAUUAAAUGAUAAGACAAUAUUAGAUAACAAACUAAAAGGACCAAAGCUAACAAAUGAUUGAUUUUAUUCAAUCAAUAAUUAAGACUAGAUUUAAUAAUAGAAAUAUUAACAUAAACGAUGCAAUUUAUUUGUCACGACGCAAAAAUGCGACUGAUAUAUUUUUAAUGGCAUUUUUAAAUAUUUAUAACAUUUUAAAAAUCACAUUUUUUUAAAGACGUAUCAUAAAGAUAUAAUCGUUAGUAUAAUGUGCAUGUAAAACUUGCAACUCAAUUUUACUUUUUUAAACGGAAAAUAUUAUCACCUUUUAUCGCAUUCAAAACUCUUUGCAUUCUUUAUAAUAAUAAUAAGUUUCAUAUGUAUCACUUAUAAAACAAAGAAAAUACAGAAAAAUUAAUGACGUUUGUGUAAAUAUUGUAAAUUAGAAAACAAUGCUUUAUAACAUGACUUUUAAUAAAUAAAAAAUUUUAAAUAUGUAUACAAUAAAAUUCAUUAUUGAUUUUUAUUCACAGAUUAUCAAUCACAAAAUAAUUAUUGCAAAAUAUAAUUUAACUUCGUACGAAUGCAUUUAUAUUCCUCUUGAAAAUGUUUCAGAAUGCUGGUUACGUUCCUAUCAUUUUAUGAGCACUCAUUCACGACAGCAUUCUCAGAUUGCGCGCACGGCACUCGAGAUUAAUAAAAGAAACGUUAUAUUAUGAUUUAAUCGGCUCAGAAAUCUCUCAACGUCUUAUAUUCAUCUAUUUUCAUAUCGAUUUUUCUUGCUCCCAAUUUACCCAUGCAAUGCAGAUGCAACGUUAUUAUAUACUCUUUGUUACUAUUAUUGUUAUUGCUAUGAAUAAUAUUACACGUACUGCUAUGAA